AUCGCGAUCAUAAGAGAAGACGUAUUCUUUUGGUCAACGCUGGGAAAUCAUGGGAUCCGUCAAAAGUCACGGCCGAUCAAAUGUUUCGAAUUUUUUAUCUUAUUCACGAAGCUGCCGUUCUCGAACCUGAGAGUCAACAUUGUUCUGGAUUUUAGGAUAUCCCAUCUCGACAAAUUUUAAGGAGGUUCACUACCUACUCGGUGAGUCAAAGAUAGAUCGCGCGUUUGACUAGCGCAGUGCGUGUGAACGCUUGGCACCUGCGCAACACAUACGUGAUCACACACAAACAUAGAGUCUCGCGUCGUUUACUAUCGUGAAGUUAAAUGGAGUGAAAUAUAAUGAAUAACGGCAAAAAUAAAAACUUUUUUUGGAAAGGGAAGCGAGUUAGUGAAAAAGUGUAUUAUAAUAGGUUGCGACUGCAGAAAGUCGGCAAAAAUUUGCGGCAAGUUUAUGGUUCCGCCAAGGAAGUUGUUCAUAACCUCAAGCAUAGCGAAUGUGCGAAAAUCGAAGGUCGUCGGAUUAUUCAUCUCAACACUCUAGGAGAACAGCUUUUUUGCUCUAAAUGCAAGAGUAUAUUAUCUAUCUUGGAUAGUGUACAAGAGCAACGUUUUGGUUUAGCGUCGAUUUUCCAUGUAAAAUGUCGCACAUGCGGCAUGCUCAACCAAGUGUCGACGGAUAAAAAGCAUUCAACGACCAAUUCGAUACAAGCUGAAGAUUGUGAAUCAAGCACAAACAAAAGAUUGGACAUCGUUGUGGGUCAUUGCAAUGCAAGUGUCGAAGAGUGCGCUAGACCUAACUGGAGGAAACAUUACGACACCAAUACGAAAGCCGUGAUAGGUGUUCUGAACGGAGGAAUGGGUAACACCCAUUUGAACAAAUUGCUGGCUUCGUUAAACAUUCCCCCACUUCAUUGGAAGGUUUUUAAAAAUCACGAGGUGGAAGUAGGAGCAGUCGCAGAAUAUAUGGCGAAGGAAAGUUGCGAAGAAGCUGCACUUCAAGAAAAGAGCUUGACGUUCGAGAAUUAUGAGAGGGUUAAAGAAUUGUUGUAAGUAUACGGCAUCAUUUAAGUUACUCGUCUACUUUAGAUGACCAAAGAAAGAAGCAAAUUUUUAAGAUUUCUCUUCUUUGUAAUAACAGUUUUACAGUAAUAUCUGAUAGAGGAGCUGAGAAAAGAAAUCUGAAAAAUUUACUUUUAUUUUAGCCCUCGAAAGUAGACCAGUUCCUUAAAAAUGAAUUGAAAUGAUGGAGAAUCGUGCAUCGAUUUGGUUAUUCACCAAUGUACAAUUAUUCUAUAACGAUUGUCGGUUCUAUCGAAUUUAUAAAUAUGAAAGUGUUUUGUAUAAAAAUUUAUGUACAAAUAUUUUGACACAAUCGAAUUCUGAAUUUAUACAAAUUCAACUUGUAUUUUUUGUUACAUUUUCACUGGCAGCAUUUUUGACAGUCAUUUAAGAUAUUUUGUAAAAGAAGAAAGCACAUUACAUGUAUUGAUAAGUAUGUAUAUGUAUGUUAUAAUUGUGGGAAAAAUAAAUGCCUCCAUUAAUUUGACAUAAUUCCACUAGUUAAUUUUCCUCAUCAGGUCCGCAAAAUUCAUGAUUUAUUUCUAGACCGUCUCAUCUGAAGAUUGGUUUUGUUUUCCCUGGCUCGUCUCCGCUCGAUGAAGGAAAUCUGCAAUAUGCUCCCGAUAUGCCGACUCGCAUUUGCGUAUCAUUCGACAUGGGAUGGACAACUCGAGGUACCGGUCGCAGCUACGACAGCCUGAGUGGCAACGCAGUUCUCAUUGGCCUAUUCAGCAAAAAAAUAAUCGCUUACAUAGCGGAGAACCGAAAAUGUAAGAAGUGCGAUGCGGGACAUUCCCAACAGGACCAUGAUUGCAGAAAAAAUUGUGCUGGAACAGCCAAAGGGAUGGAGCCCAAGGCUGCGGUUGAAAUGACCGUGCGAAAUCCGAUUUUCAAAAAGAAUAAAAUACAAGUUGGAUUGAUUGUAGCUGACAAUGACAGUACUGCUAUUGCAGCAAUUCGAAAAUCGAGCAAUCACGAAGUCGUGAAACAAUGUGAUAAAAAUCACACCAGCAAGGGUGUUGUGAAUGAAUUGUACAGGCUGAAAGGAAAAUACAAGGAACUGACCGUGGACACCAUAACAUAUCUACAGCGCUGUUUUUCAUAUUGCAUAUCUCAAAAUCAAGGAAAUAUUCAGGAGAUGGCCCGAGCAAUACGGAAUAUCCCGUACCAUUGCUUCAAUCGACAUACCAACUGUGGGAAUUGGUGUACUUUUAAAGAACAUCCGGAGAUUUAUCGACACGCGAAUAUUAAUGACGGCUUCCACGAUGAGAGUUUGUUUGAAUCCCUGCGAAAUUUAUUUGACAUACUCGCAAGCAAAGCAAGUAGUUUCGCUGCUGGUGUUUCCAGCAAUGCGAAUGAAAGCUUUAAUGCGAUGCAUGUCAGUAAGGCGCCUAAGUCACGCGUGUAUGGCAUGUCACAAUCGGGUGAUAUGAGGCUGGCAUGUGCAGUCCUAAAAAAAAAUGUCGGGGAGGAAUAUGUCGUGAAGCUUACCGAGAAGCUAUCGUUGUCUCCUGGGAAAUACACUGAACAUUAUGCAAAUAAUGAAACCUCCAAGGCAAAAAGAAGGUAUCAGUCCGCUAUAACUCCGCAAUUUAAAAGACGUCGACUGUUUCUCAAAAAACAGAAAACUAUGUUACGGCACCAAACCGAAUCUUUAGAAGGAGUAACGUAUAAAAGGAACAUCGAUCUUCUCAAACCUCACAAUGCUCGAUCAGAUUCCUCCACGAUUGAUAAAGAAUCUUCUGAGGUUGUAAUCUUUUUUGACUUGGAAACGGGAGGUCUUGCUAAAACCGCAGACAUUCUUCAGAUAGCUGCAACAUGCGGUAAUUCGUCUUUUUCCGUCUACAUACAACCAACACAGAAAAUUGAUCAACGGGCGAGUGCCAUUAACGGAUUGCGGAUUGUUAACGAGCAUCUCGAGUAUCGUGGGCAGAUAAUUCCAACACUACCUUUAUCGUCAGGCAUGCAAGAAUUUUAUGCUUUUCUACAAAAGUUCGAAAGAAAAUGUGUUUUAACCGCACAUAAUUGUGAAUUUGAUUCCUCCAGAUUGUUAAUUGCUAUCGAAAAAACGAACAUGACAGAUGAAUUCGAAACAGUCGUGCAUGGGUUUUGCGAUACACUAGCAAUAACAAGAAGAAUGCCUGGAUCGAGUGCAAGAGGAAAUAAAUUAUCAGAAUUGGCAAAAUAUUAUAACAUCCAGUCGAAUGAUGCCCACAAUGCCGCUGCUGACGUUGCCAUGCUUGAAGCGGUUAUCAAAAAAUUGAAUGUUUCUGAUGAGAUAUUGAUCAAGUCUGCCGUAACGUGGAAAAAAGUUAUUGAAAAAAAAGAUUUUCUCAGACGAUUGCCAAAGGAGAUGAUGAGACUUGAUAAGAUAAAAGACUGUACAUCGUUGGGCACACGGAAAAAAAUGGUUGCAGCUGGAAUUACACUCGAGAUGAUUAAAUGCGCCUACGACGAAAAUAAAAUUUUCGGACUGAUCAAUCUCUUGGGCGAAGAUGAGAACGGGAUUUUGCGGGUCACGAAAUCGCGCAAAAUCGUUCAAAAAAUUUACGAUUUUCUAAGUCGUACUUAGUCGUACUAGUACGAUGUUAGUCAUCCCAAACAUGUGAUAUAUAAACGUGAUAUUGAUCUGUGUGAUCAUGUUCUUUUGUUAUUUGCUGAUUUUUAAAAAGUAAUACGAAUUGCGAAACAUAAUGUGAUAGAAAAAAGGUAACAUUGUUCGUACAUCGAUAUUUUGUUAUUUUGAAAAAAAGUAAUAGUUUAUAUAUGAAGGUUUGAAAUUUAAAGAAUAACUAAUGAAAGUCAUACUUAGUACAAUGUAAGUCAUGACAGAAAAGAUAUAUAAAAAUAUAUAUAUAAUAAGAGAAAAAUAUAUAUGCAAUAAAAGAGAUAUUGUUUUUACAUUU